UCGUCGUUUUGAUGAGGCUACUCCGCAGACUAUAAUAGAAUAGAAUGAGAAGUCUGGUUUCAAGAAGCCUUCUCUUCUCUCCCGCUUUCACCGUCUAUCACCUCAGACCCCUUACAACUCAAUCCAAUCAUGCCCCCACUCCCCCCUACCCAGGCGGCGUCACCGCCAAGGACGAUUACUUCGCCGCCGUCCACCACGUCUCCAAUGUCGUCCGCCGCGACAUCUACAUGGAGCGCACCCUCAACAAGCUCCGCCUCCCCGUCACCUCUGAGCUCGUCUUUCGCGUCCUCCGCGCCUGCAACCGCUCCGGCGCAGAAUCCUUCCGCUUCUUCAACUGGGCUCGCACCCACCACCCCUCCUAUAACCCCACCGCUGUCGAGUUCGAGGAGCUCCUCCGCACUCUCGCCCGCUGCCGCAACUGGCAGACUAUGUGGACCGUCGCCGAGCAGAUGCGGCAGCGGGAACUGAAUCUCAAUCCCGCGGUCGUCUCCUUUGUGAUCGAGGAGUACGGCAAGGCCGGCUUCGUAGAUCAGGCCGUGGAAGUGUUCAACAAGUGCAAGACCUUCAAUUGCCCCCAGACAACUGAGAUUUAUAAUGCCCUGCUGUUCGCGCUCUGCGAGGUGAAGAACUUCCAUGGGGCUUAUGCUUUGAUUCGGAGGAUGGUGAGAAAAGGUGGCCUGCCGGACAAGAGGACCUAUGCGAUUCUCGUGAAUGCCUGGUGCUCCGCGGGGAAAAUGAGGGAGGCGCAGGAGUUCUUGGAGGAGAUGAGUCGGAAGGGGUUUAAUUCGCCUGUACGGGGACGGGAUUUGUUGAUUGAAGGUUUGUUGAAUGCCGGGUAUGUUGAGUCGGCAAAGGAAAUGGUGAGAAGAAUGACGAAGGAGGGUUAUUUGCCGGAUAUAGAGACUUUUAAUUCUUUAUUGGAGGCAGUGUGCAAGUUGGGGGAGAUUGAUUUUGGUGUUGAUCUAUACCAUGAUGCGUCGAGGUUGGGGCUUUGUGUAGAUAUUAGCACGUAUAAGAUUAUGAUACCGGCGGUUUCAAAAGCAGGUAGGAUUGAUGAGGCUUUGAGGUUUUUGCACAAGUCAAUGGAGGAUGGGUAUAGGCCAUUUCCAAGUCUGUAUGCGCCAAUCAUUAAAGCUCUUUGUAGGAGGGGUCAGUUUGCUGAUGCAUCCUGUUUUUUCAAUGAUAUGAAGGUUAAAGGGCAUCCUGCAAACCGGCCCGUUUAUACAAUGUUGAUAACAAUGUGCGGACGUGGAGGUCGAUUUAUUGAUGCAGCUAAUUAUUUGGUAGAAAUGACUCGCUUGAAUUUGUUGCCCUUGCCGCGGUGCUUUGAUAUGGUUACUGAUGGAUUGAAGAAUUGUGGAAAACAUGAUUUAGCUAAGAAGAUAGAGCAGUUGGAGGUGUCAAUUCGAGGUGUUUGAUGUAGCUCUUGGCAGUGGAUGAUUGUGUCUUGUUCAGAGGAGCUAUGUCUGCAGUGUAUGUGGUACACUAUUUGAGGCUUGGAACAAUCUUUGGAAAGAGCUUUUGUCCAGAGUCAGCGGUGGACAUGUUAAAUAUCCCUUUGGAAGGUUUUAGGAGUAGAGAUGGGUCACCAUUGUGGAGGUGUGGACUUUUUGCUGUCUUUUAAGGUAUUUGGUUGGAGAGAAAUGCUGGUGUUUUCAAGGGGAAAAGGAUGUCUUCCUCUCUGCUUUUGGGGAUAAGAUACAUUAUAUAUGGCUUCAGUGUGGGCUUUUGCAACAGGUUGUUUUAAAAGGCUGUUGUUUUUAGAUAUUGAUUGGAUGGCAGUUUUGUUUUGAUGUUUUUUCAUCUCUUUUAAGGAGGAUUUCUUAUGCUUCUCUGUAUAUUCUCUCUUCUGCAAUAAAAAUUCUUUUUCUCAGAAAAGAAAAAGCCCUUUUUUAUAGGAA